GCAGACUUUCUGACGAUUGAGUGUUUGGUAAAGCGGAAAUUUCUAGUUAAAAACUUUAGUUUAUUUUAAAUACAAUCACGAAAAAAUAGCUUCCAUUUGCAAUCGUUAAAUAGUUUUUGACACCAACAAUCAAGUCCAGUUAUGGAUGAUACUAGAGAAGAGCAUCAAUUCGUAGUGGAUGAUGUAAGCAAGAUCAUCAAGGAAGCUAUUGAAACGACUAUCGGAGGUAAUGCCUACCAGCACGAUAAGGUAAACAACUGGACUGGUUCGGUUGUGGAAACCUGUCUAAGUGUGUUGACCAAGCUUCAGAAACCCUACAAAUAUAUCGUCACCUGCAUGAUAAUGCAGAAGAACGGAGCUGGGCUGCAUACGGCCAGUUCCUGUUUCUGGAACAACGAGACGGAUGGUUCGUGCACAGUUCGCUGGGAAAACAAGACGAUGUACUGUAUCGUGUCAGUGUUCGGGCUAUCCAUCUAAGGUUACAUUUACUGUUCCAACUACAAAGGUCUGUCGCUGUGGAAUUUAUUGCAACUAAAACUAACAAGAAUUUGACGACAUUGCUAGCGGCAAGAUUACGGGCCAUUGUUCGCAAUUGUUCGGUAUAUUCGUUCGCAUGAUAUCGUAUAUUUAUAUUCCAACACCGAAGUAAUGAAUUCCAACAUUUGUAAUUUUUAAUAAUCGUAUAAAUAAUCUAUUCUAUUUUUCUAAUUUUAUCUAUUUUUGUGUUAUUGAAUUAAAUUUAAGAUAGUUUUUACAAGCUCUACUACAGAAUUUGCCGUUUAUAAAUUAGAAAUUUCGGCAUUUUUCUUUUUUCGAUCGAUAAAUCAAUGUAUAAUUGGAACAUAACAUCAAUAUUGUUAUUUAUUGCUAAAUAUAUUAUCUUGAAAUAAGAUUGGAAAGCCAUAGCUUUCGCAUAAAAAACAGCUCUCGCACAGAAUGUGAAGUGGUUUGUUGUUGGAAAUCGGUUGUUUUGUGUAAGUUAUCACUAAUUGUAGUAUGAAAUGGACUAACCCAGAACGCAAAAACAGUUACAAUAACUGAUCGGACUUGUCUAAAAACUAAAAAAAAAAACCAGUGUCGGAAAAAUUAGGCCUUCGGUGUGUACGCGAGAAGUUAUGAACACUAGUGAUCAUUCAAUGCUGUAAUGUACGAAUGUGUAUUGAAGAAGAUUUUACGGUGAUACAUUGUUGCUUGCAGUACUUUUGGUAGUUUUGUUAUUCUGGGAAAAAGGAAAACAAAAUCUUCUUUGAUACAGCAAGUGAGCGAGAAGCGGAAUAUGAGUCGGUAUCGCAAAAUAAAAUAUAGGCGGUAAAUUCCUU